UCGGGAUGGUAGCGCGCGUCGCUUAAACUUGUUGCGAGACCAAUUUUCCGAAAGUCCCAAAUUCUCUGCGGUGCAUUGCCACACUUACACACACAAGCUUAUACCCACAGGCAUACAAAUACAAAAAAUAUUAGCAAUACCAAUACGAAUACAGACGGGCUCUGAUUCUCCCAAUUACAAUUGCCCAACAGUGUCGAUUUUUGUGCGUCGCUUAAUCAAACGCUUCAGUGUUCGUUCAAGUGCUUCUCACACUCGCGAUCCGGCCAGCACUCUCUAGAGAGAGAGACAAGUGACCCAGACAAAACUCAGUGUUAACUCAGUGCUUUGAUCAGAAAUAAUUGCAAUAGCCGCGUCAACAGAAACCACAUUCACCACGGCAGCCACAAUUGCAACGUCGCCCGCCGCGAGCAACUACUCGAAAGUGAGCGACUAUCCGUACGCUGAUCUCCACCAGCAUCAUCACUUCGCUAGUACAGCUCCCCUGACAAGCGGUGAAAGCUUCAAGCUGCGAUCCGAAGAUCCGGUGCCGGGCUUUAGCUCGGCCUCCCCUUGGUCCACGCUCGAGCUGGGCAUGGAAUGGGGACGCAAGCUCUACCCCACAGCGGGUCCCAGAUCAGCGGGCAGCUUGAUGUUCGGCCUGCCGCCCACUGCAGCGGACAUGAAUCAGCCGCGCGGUCCGAUGACGUCGCUCAAGGAGGAACCCCUCGGAGGCAGAUGGGCCAUGCAGCCAGUUGUGGAUCAAACCAACCUGGGCAUUGGACGCGCCCACUUCGAGAAGCAGCCGCCCAGCAAUUUGCGCAAAUCGAACUUUUUCCACUUCGUGAUUGCGCUCUACGAUCGCGCCGGCCAGCCCAUCGAGAUCGAGCGCACGGCCUUCAUUGGCUUCAUCGAAAAGGACUCGGAGUCGGACUCGACCAAGACAAACAAUGGCAUACAGUAUCGGCUGCAGUUGCUCUAUGCGAAUGGCGCGCGUCAGGAGCAAGACAUUUUCGUCAGACUCAUCGAUUCGGUUACCAAAGCGGCCAUCAUCUACGAGGGCCAGGACAAGAAUCCCGAGAUGUGCCGCGUGCUGUUGACGCAUGAAGUAAUGUGCAGGAUCCCAGCAAUGCUCUGCAUGCUCGCGGAGGAUAAUGCUGAGCGUCAGCAGCGCAGAGCCAAGAUGCCCCCGCAUCACACCACAGUCGAGCCGACACUCUACAUGUACAAGAGAGCGCCGCAAGUCUUGGCCACAUGA